AUGAAUUUCCUAUAUGUACCUACUGCGACUUAUGAUUUUCCUGUUCGUGAAUUUAAUGGAAAAAAACUUAAAUUUCAAUAUCAAUGGUUCCAAAAAUGGAAUUGGUUAUCAUAUUCAAAAGUAUUUGACGGGGCAUUUUGUAAAUAUUGCGUUUUGUUUUGUAACGACUAUGUUGGAAAAGGAUCCCAUGAAAAGAUUGGUUCACUAGUUGCCAAACCGUUUAUUAAAUGGAAAGACGCUAUAGAAAAAUUUACGUCCCAUUCUAAAGCGGGUCAUCAUCGAUUCUGUAUAAAUGCUGCAGAUAAUUUUAGUAAUGAGGUUAAUGGUAAAAUGAAUGAUGUUGCUACACAAUUAUUUUCACAAAGAAAACAACAGCGAAAUGAAAACAGAUUAGCUCUCAAACCUAUUAUAGAAACUAUAAUUUUUUGUGGCGAGCAAGAAAUUCCUCUCAGAGGUGAUAACGACAGUGGUCCAUUCUCACUUCAAAAACCAGCAAAUAAGGAUGGUAAAUUUCGUGCUUUACUUCGGUUUAGGGCUAAUUCUGGUGACAACAAUUUGAAAAAACAUUUAUUAAGUUGUCAACAAAAUGCUACUUACUUAAGUCCGACUAUACAAAAUGAAAUUAUUGAAAUAUGUGGAAACUUAAUAACAAAACAAUUAGUCACUGACAUAAACAAAUCUGGUUGUUUUACAAUUUUAUGUGAUGAAACUUUAGACGUUUCUGGAAUAGAACAACUUUCUCUGUGCGCUAGGUAUAUAAAUUUUAAAAACCAACUACGUGAAGAUUUCUUAUGUUUUAUUCCAGCCUAUGAUCUUACUGGAGAAAAUUUGGCUAGUUUAAUUUUGGAAAAGUGUGAACUAUUAGGUUUGGAUAUGAGUAAUUUAGUUGGGCAAGGAUAUGACGGCGCAGGAAACAUGAGUGGACAAUUCAAUGGGGUUCAGUCUAGAAUACGGCAAAAAUAUCCAAAAGCAAUGUUUGUACAUUGCGCAGCUCAUAGAUUGAAUUUAGCACUCUCGUCAUCUUUAUCAUUCUCAAGUGUAAGAAAUAGCCUCGGCGUUAUAAAGGAUGUUAUAAAUUUAUUUAGAAACAAUGCCUUAGCCGGUCAUGCUCUUAAAAAUAAUAUUUCAAAGUAUGUUCCUGAAUCUAAAAGAACUCGUUUGGUUGGUCUAUGUGAAACGCGUUUUAUAGAACGACACGAUGCUAUUAAUGUUUUUGUUGAACUUCUUGAGCCAAUUAUAAUCAGUCUUCAAGAUAUUCAAGAAACAAACCGCUCUGUAUCCUCAAGUGCAUCUUCAUUUUUAGCUGCAGUGGAAAAAAGUAGUUUUAUUAUUUCUUUGUUAGUUUGCGAACAUCUUUUAAACUUUACGCUUCCAUUAUCGCAUUAUCUACAAAAUCCUGCACGCGACCUUUCAUCUGCUAUGAACUACGCUCACGACAUUAUAAAUAAACUAAAACAUUUAAGAAAUAACUAUAUUGAAACAUUCUCAUCUAUUUUUCAAGAUGCUAAUAAAUUGAGAAAACUAUAUUUUGAUUCAGAAAUUGUAUGUCCACGCAUUAUAAAAAACCAAAAACACAGAGAUAAUUAUGAUUGUAACACACCGGAAGAAUACUAUAGAACAUCGAUAUUUGUACCAUCGAUAGACGGUUUCAUUUUAAAUUUAGAAAACCGUUUUAAACAAAACAAUGUUUUGUCAUCAAGUGAAAUCCUAUUGCCAAAAUUUGCCUUAAAUGAAAAUGUUUCAAAACUUAAAAGCUUAAACAUAUUUUACGAAGAUCGUACAUCUGAAAAAGUGGUUUGUUCUGAAUUUUUAUUAUGGUGUGAAAAAUGGAUAAAUGUAGAAAAAAAACCCACUGAAAUGAUGGAUAUUUUGGAUGCAUGUGAUGCAAAGUUUUACCCAAACAUACAUUUUUUAUUGAAAAUCUUGGCAACACUACCAGUUUCUACAACAGCAGUUGAACGCUCAUUUUCAACACUAAAACGUUUAAAAACAUUGCUUCGUAACAAAACUGGAAAUGAGCGUUUAACGGGACUUGCUCUUCUGUCAGUUCAUUGGGAAGUGUCUAUCUCUACAGACGAAGUGUUGGAUGUAAUGGCUCAACAAAACAGAAAAUUAAUAUUAUAG